GAUAGGCCCCACCGCCGACACUCUCGCCGGGUCAGCACGGUGCGCCCGACCCCGGAGCCUAACCUUGUCCCCACGGGAAGGAAGCUAGAAUUCUUCCUCCGAGACUGGAUAAGAAGGAGUUAAAAUACCCGCCGCUGCGUGAAGCGCCUCCGGCUCCCGCGAGCCGGAGCCACGGCCACUUCCGCUCCCAGCGGCCCCGAAACCGGACGUGGAGGCGCGCGGCGGCGGCGGCGGCGGCGGCGGCUGGCGGCGGCUGUGCUGAUCGCUGGCGCGCCGCGGUGGGAGUGUCUCCCGCGGGUCUGUAGGCUCAGCUCGGCCCCUCCGGAGAGCGGGGAGGUUCGGCGGGCGCUGGGAGGAGCCGGAGGGCCCGGGACAGCCGCUGGCGCCGGGGUGCGCCCUUCUCGCAGCGGCCGUAGGGCCGGGACCCAGCCCGUACAGCUCGGCCUCUCAGCCGGACGCCCCACAACCGCCCCGACCGGUCCCUCGCCCUCCGGUACCCUCGUCCGGGCCGGCAGUACUGUCACCCCCCGGUCCGGCCAGUCUUUCGCCCUCCCGUACCCAUAUCCGGGCGGACGGGACUGACACCCCCCGGCUCCGACCCCGACCCCACGCGCUCAGACUGGGAAUCUCAACUUAAACUCAAAGCAUCUACCUCUGUGCAGGAUAUUUUGGAGGAAAAUUCAUCCUGUAAUACGCAUGUGGUAAGAUUCGUUGGGGAUCAUCCCUUAUUCCCUCUCGUAGAAGCAGUAAGGAAUUCCUGAGUUGGAGAUGCUAACCAGAGCCAGAGUUCCAUUUGGGGCAUUUCCUUAGGACACUGCCACAGUGUCUGAAGGGAGUGUCUAUGACUCAUAAAUUUGGGCAGGCUCCUCCUGUUGCCCAAGACUCUUUCUUCCUAGAAGCUUUGCCCAAGUUAACAUUUCCAUCAGUGUGACUCAGACAUCCAUGUGUACAGUAUGAUUUACUCCUUGACAGUCUUCAGGAAUGUUACCUAUUUCGAGAAGUCCCAUGGAAGUUGCGAAUUGAGAAAGCCUCAUGGUGAAGCCUGCAAUGUCCUGGAAGGACUCGAUCUGUCUAAACAAGGAGCAUCUCUGAAAAUGCUGACAGCGUGCCUCCUCGGCUGUGGCACGGAUGUGGGCGAGCUUUCCGUCAUCACCUGUCCCCGUCCAGGAGCAAACUCCACCUGGGCAGAAGGCUCCCACGAUUUAGCUGUGGUGGGAAUGGCUUCUGGAGGAACUGUAACCUGGACCUGAACAAGAGAACCUGCAAGACGGCAGGGGCCAUCCUGAUUGCCAAGAAUGUGGGAAAGUUGUUGGGGGUCCCUCACCUCUUAGGAGACAAAUUGAGACUCCCCACUAGGAAGAAUCCCUUUUCAAAACGUGGAAACGACUUCAGAACCAGUAGGAACAUUACAGUGUAUAAUACACAUGGAGCCCUGCUGUCCCCACUCUGGUCCUGAGUUCCUGCCUCCCCAAAGCAUGGGAGCUCCCAAGGGGCUGGGGCUGGACCUGAAGAUGCAGAGCAAGCCCAAGAUGGGAGAGAGGGGUACACCUUUACUUCCUGAGGCCCAGCCAGCUCUCCAGGAGUCGCCUUGGUCUUCUGGAUGCACAUGCUUAGAGCCACCAUUAGGUCCUGGGCCCCCAGGAAUUGCUCCUGACAGGCUCCUGUUUCCACUGGACCCCACCCUGGACACAAGGGGCUGAAGGCAGCUGUGCAGAUUCAGAGGCCCGUACCUGUGCGGGGCCUCUCCGACCCGUGGACAGCUGGGCAGUCUGCUCUGCCUGCUUGGAACUCUACCUGGCUCCAGGAGGAGAGCACAGAGGCAGUAGCCAUGGUUCCUGGGGUGCUGCCCACCUGCCUGCAGGAGCCAGUCACCUUUGCAGAUGUAGCUGUGUUGUUUACCCAAGAAGAAUGGAUGUUUCUAGACUCUGCCCAGAGGAGACUGUAUCAAGAUGUGAUGCUGGACAACUACAGGAACCUGGUCUCUGUGGGAGAUCAACUAGGCAAACCCAGUGUGUUUUUCCAUUUGGAGCAAAGGAAAGAGCUGUGGACCGCAGCGGGAGGAACCUUUCCAGGAGCCCAUCCAGAACCUCAACUUCAACCCCAGGAGCCAGUUCCUAACCAGGAUAUUUUUGUGGAGAGUCCAUCCAUUGACAUGAAAAGGGAGAAACCUCAGACUGGGGAAAAAUUCUGCAAAUAUAGUGAACUCAGGAAACCCUUUGACAACACCAAGCCACUUUUUCACUAUCAGAGAAUUCAUGCUGGUGAAGACCCCUAUGGAUGCCAAGAGAAUAGAAAACUCUUCUUCCAGACCUCUCACCUAAUCAUGCCCAAGAAGAUCCAUAGCAAUGAUAAAACCUACACGUGUCACAAAUGUGAAAAGUCCUUCCAGUACAGCUCAAACCUCAUCAGGCAUGAGAAGACUCACACUGCAGAGAAAUGCUUUGAAUGUCAAGAAUGCCAGCAAGCCUUCAAGUAUUCCUCAAAUCUGCGGCGGCACAUGCGAACUCACACCGGAGAGAAACCAUUUGAAUGUAGUCAGUGUGGGAAAACCUUCACGAGGAACUUUAACCUGAUUUUGCACCAGAGGAACCACACGGGUGAGAAGCCCUACCAGUGUGAGGAUUGUGGGAAAGCUUUUAAUCAGUCGUCCUCUCUGAGGAGCCAUGUGAGGACUCACACAGGAGAGAAGCCCUUUGACUGCAGUCAGUGUGGGAAAGCCUUCAGGGAACACUCGUCGCUGAAGACACACCUGCGGACUCACACCAGAGAGAAACCCUAUGAGUGUAACCAGUGUGGGAAGCCCUUCCGGACGAGCACUCACCUGAAGGUACACAAGAGGAUACACACAGGGGAGAAGCUUUAUGAAUGCGCUACUUGUGGGCAGGUCCUGAGCCGUCUCUCAACCCUCAAGAGUCACAUGCGAACUCACACUGGAGAGAAGCCCUAUGCAUGCCAGGAAUGUGGGCGGGCCUUUAGUGAGCCUUCCUCCCUCAGAAAACACUCGAGGAUCCACACCGGCAAGAAGCCCUACGUGUGUCAGGAAUGUGGGCGAGCCUUUGGUCAGUCUUCACACCUCACCGUACAUAUGCGAACCCACACUGCGGGGAAGCCCUAUAAAUGUAAUGAGUGUGAGAAAGCCUUCAGGCACAGCUAUUCACUUACUGUGCAUAAAAGGAUUCAUGCCAGGAGAGAAAAUGUUAGGAAUGGUGCCCUUCCUUUAUCAUUAUCUCAUCAAUACAGUGGGCCCCUUGCUGAUUAACUUCCAAGUUGUAAAAAUAAAACAUGCGGGCCUAUAAUCAUCUCUUGUAGUACUCAUUUAGCUACAUCAUGUUUUAAUGUAUAAUGUUUCAUUUUGGUUGUAUGAGUUUUCAUUAUUACUUAUUCUUUGACCCAUGGGUUAUUUGUAACUAGAUUUUUUAAAAAACUAUGUGGAUAUAUUUUUAUAGAGGUAUAAUUACUUAUAGUGAAAUGCAUAAAUCUUAGGUAUACAGUUGGGUGAGUUUGACUGAUGUGUACUUAUGCCUAUAUAAGCAAAACCUCAUUUCUAUCAUUCUGGAAGGUUCCUGCAAGUCUAAGUUUUUUUCCCAUUGCCUGUUGUUGGUUUCUAAUUUAAUUACCUUGUGAGCAGAGUUUGUGGUCUUUAUGUCAAUAAAUCUUAGGUAUUUGUUGAGAUUUGUUUUUAGGUCCAGUAUGUCAUAUCCUGCUAGUUGACUAUCAAAAUUACCCCUUCUUCCUUACAAAAGAGCCUAGGUUUUUUGUUCAGAUUGGUAAUGUGCACUAUUAAAAACCUCCAUCUCCCAGUCCUUGCAGCCAGGGAGGCCAUGUUCCCCAAUCCUGGUCAUUAUAAGUAGAAUUCAUUGGGUGGUGUGAAUCCUGAAAAAGAUGAUACAAAAGAACAUUCAUCCAGCUCCCUGCAUUCAGAUUGCCUUUUGUCAAAGAGAUGUCGGUGGUUGAGCAGCCAUCCUGUGACCAAGAGGGUAAAAACUACAGGCUAAAGAGAGUGUGGCCAGAAAUUACAACCAUCCUGCUUCCCCAGUUGGUAUCUUUGUGUGGUUGUACCAGCCCUGGAGUGUAUUUCUGUACAUCCUGUUACAUGAAAAAGAUGUACUUCUUCCUAGCACAUGGCCUUUUUUGUUGGGAGAAGGAGAAGGCAGGGAUGAUCCACUUAAUAUAUGGUCAGUUUUUAUAAGUGCUUCAUGGGUGGUUGAAAUCAAUGCAUUGUAUUUUAUAUAUGUCCACUAGAUCAAGUUGUAUUUAUGUUUGAAAAUCUUAUACACAUCCAUAAAUAUUGAUCUCUGUCUUAGUUCAGGCUGCUAUAACAGAAAUACCAAAGACUGGGUGGCUUAUAAACCACAGAAAUUUAAUUCUCACAGUUCUGGAGGCUGGAAGUCCAAAAUCAAGGUGCUGGCAGAUUUGAUGUCAGGUGAGGCCCACUUCAUGGUUCAUAGAUACCUAUCUUGCUGUGUCCUCACAUGGCAGAAAGGGAGCAGGAGAGCUCUCGGGGGUUUCUUUUAUGAGGGCACCAAUCCCUUUCAUGAGGGCCCCACUCCCAUGACCUCAUCACUUCCCAAAGGCCCCACUUCCUGAUACCAUCACUUUGGGGGUUAGGCUUCAGCAUGUGAAUUCCGGGGGACACAGAUAUUCAGCCCACAGCAUGCUUUGAUCUGCGACAUACUGAGAGAGCUACUUUAAACUCUCCCACAUGAUUGUGGACUGCUGAAUAAAUCUUGUAACAAUUUUUUAAUUUUUAUAUUUUGAAACAAUGGAAUUAAGUGAAAAGAUUUGACAUUUUAAAUGUUUCCAGAAAAUAUUUCUUUUUAUUCUUUGGCCAUCUUUUUUCCUAGUGAUGACUAUUCAGCCAUUCAUCAUCAUAACAGCAAAUAAUUAUUUAGAGCCUUCUAUUAGAUAGUAGCCAUUACUGUAAAGGUUGCAUCUUUUAAGUUAUUUAAUUCCCACUGUGACCCUUUGAGGUAGAUACUGUUAUUAUUCCCAAUUAACAGAUCAGGAGACUGUUGAGGUGACUUAACCAAGUUCAUGCAGAUGGUAAGUGACAGAAUCUGGUUCUAAGAUCCAUGCUCCCUCCACUGUGUUUCAACCCAGGACCUAUUCUCCAUUAAAAAUUAAAAAAAAAAAGAAAUAUAGUUGAUAUACAACCUUAUAUUGGUUUUAGAUGUACAGUCUAGUGAUUUGACGAUCAUAUACAUUGGUAAAUGCUCACCAUAAGUGUGGUUAUCAUCUGUCACCAUACAAAGAUAUUACAAUAUUACUGACUUCAUACCCUAUGCUGUACUUCUCAUCCCCAUGACUUGCUUAUUUUGUAUUUGGAAGUUCGCUCCUCUUUAUCCUCUUCACCUAUUUCACCCAUGCACCCCCCGUCCUUGCCCUAUGGCAACUGCCAGUCUGCUCUGGGUUUGAGUCUGCUUCUGUUUUUGUUCACUUGUUUUGUCUGUUCCCCAUUUUAUUUGUUGCCACAGGAUCCUGUUUUUGUGUUUUCAAUUCUUUUAUGGGAGUAUAACUUACGUGAAAGUUUGUUAGUCUUAGUGCACACCUUGGUGAAUUUUUGGUAUGUCUAUACCACCCACAUCAAGGUAUAAAAUAUUUUAUCUCCUCAGAAGGUUUCCUUGGGCCCUACCUCAGUCAGGAAGUUCCACCCCCAGAGGUAACCAGUAUUCUGACUUCUAUCACCAUAAAUUUAUUUGUCUUCAUCACAGAAAUGGAACCACACAGUAUGUUCUCUUGUAUCUAUUUUUCUCAGUAAGGUAUCAUGAGAUUUAUCUUUGUCACAGUAUCUUCUUUCAAAAAAUUGCUGUGUAAUAGUUCAUUUUUUGGAUACACCAUAAUUUAAAAAUUCUAUUCUGAUCAGGGAAAUUUGGGUGCUUCCCAGGUUUUGCUAUUAUGAAUAAAGCCAUGGUGAAUGUU